UGUAUGGUCUCACUGCAGCCUGUGCAUUGUCAUAAAUAGCCAGACAACUAGCAUUUUCAGAACAGAUGUCAGUACCGACAGGCUAUAUUUUCCUGUGUGUUACUAAACCCCGGACCCUGCAUUCACUAUAUCUGAUCUCCCCCCGGACCCUGCAUUCACUAUAUCUGGUCUCUCCGGACCCUGCAUUCACUAUAUCUGGUCUCCCCGGACCCUGCAUUCACUAUAUCCGGUCUCCCCGGACCCUGCAUUCACUAUAUCUGGUCUCCCCGGACCCUGCAUUCACUAUAUCUGGUCUCCCCGGACCCUGCAUUCACUACAUCUGGUCUCCCCGGACCCUGCAUUCACUAUAUCUUGUCUCCCCGGACCCUGCAUUCACUAUAUCCGGUCUCCCCGGACUCCGCAUUCACUAUAUCCGGUCUCCCCGGACCCUGCAUUCACUAUAUCUGGUCUCCCCGGACCCUGCAUUCACUAUAUCUGCUCUCCCCAGACCCUGCAUUCACUAU